UGCACCGGUCAUGCUUUGGGAGAUCAAUGGAAUGUCAACGGUAAAGAGCUCUAUUCAGUCUUCUUGCCCAUUUAGACAUGCAAAUAUCGGCUGUAUAGAAAGCCCGUAUAUAUAAAAAUAAUGGCUCGGGUGGUGAAAGUGUUCCGAACUUUAAGAAAUCAUUGGAAAAAGUCCACAUUUGCGGUGUGUGUGCUCUCAUAUGGAGGACACUGGCUCUAUGGAAAGCACUGUGACAGUGUGCUGCGACGUGAAGCAUGUAUAGAGGCUAGGGCAUUUGGUCAACAGUUAAUUGGACCUCAGGAGAUUCUGAAGAAAGCCACAGUCAUUCUGAAUCCUGCUGCCUGUAAAGGGAAGGCGAAUCAGUUGUUUGAGAAGAAUGCAGCUCCCAUUUUACAUCUGGCUGGUGUGGAGGUUAAAAUUGUGAAGACUGAUUAUGAAGGCCAGGCAAAAAAGCUCAUGGAACUGAUGGAGCAAACGGAUAUGCUGAUCAUCGCUGGCGGUGAUGGGACGUUACAGGAGGUGAUAACCGGCCUGCUUCGUAGAGCUGAUGAGGAGAUCUUCAGUAAAACACCAAUUGGUUUUAUCCCUCUGGGUUCCAGUAACUCUCUGAGUCAGAGUCUGCAUCUAGUCUCUGACAAUAAAGUACAGCACAUUACCUCAGCAACUCUUUCAAUCUUAAAAGGAGAAACGGUUCCACUGGACGUUCUGCAGAUAAAGGGUGAGAAGGAGCAGCCAGUGUUUGCGCUGUUGGGAUUACGUUGGGGUGCAUUCAGAGAUGUAGCAACUUCUAUUAGCAAAUAUUGGUACCUUGGCCCCUUGAAGACGAGAGCAGCACAUUGGUUUAGUAGCCUGAAGCAGUGGCCACAGGUUCAUGUGGCUUCCCUAUCCUAUCUGGCUCCCGUACCUCGUCCACCUGACCUUCCAGAUGAAAUACCACAGCGACCCAACCUCCUCUACCGCAUCUACCGCAGACUCCAGAACUACUGGAACCCUCCUUUAGAAGAGCCACCAAAAGAGCCUGAGCCAGAGCGAUGGGAGAGCAAAGACGUUUCUACAUUGGAGCUUACCGUUCUCACACACAACAAGAACCCAGUCAAGAGGCGUGUAGAUGAUUCAAUGCUGAUCAGUCUGGACCCAGAAUCCCUCACAGCUGGUCAGUUCAUCACUGAGGGGACUAAUAAAUCAGUGGAUCCCAUGGAGCCCAUAGAAAAUGCUGUACAGAUAGAAGCCAGUGCUGCACGUCUUGAACUCCCAGAGGAGGGUGCUGGCUUUUACGACAUUGACAAUCAGGAAUAUGAGGCAAUGUCUGUCGAAGUGCGACUGCUGCCAAGAAAACUGAGAUUCUUUUGCAGUGCAGAGCGCAGAGAGCAACUUGCAGAAGCUCAGUGAUGACAUAAAAAUGUGGAUUCAUUUUCCAAAAGUACAAGAGGGAAAAAACAUAUCAGCUACCCCAAAAAAAGAAGUCGUCUUCAUAGCGUAACUUGACAACUUGUGUACUAUGAACUUGAAAAAAUGAGUUUACACGUAAUGAGUUCUGUCAUCAUUUACUCACACUCAUGUUGUUCCAAACAUAUAAGAAAUGUAGUUAUCUUCAAAAAUGAAGAUAUUUGUUUCAGCAUCGAGUCUGUUCACCCAAAACUUGAACAUAUUUGAUUAUGGCCAGAGAGAUUCCAAGUUUUAAAAUAAAAUCUAAUGUGCGCUAAAGAGACAUGAUCACUUUAUUAGAUUACCCUUAAAUUUAGGGUUUUAUUAAAACAAGCAUCGAGCUAUAAACAAACAUCUUUAAAACAUUUAAAUUUGAUCACAGAAGCUCAGUGAUGCUUGCUUGACAUAUGAGAACCACUGAGAUUCAUUCUUCACACCAACACGUUUAGCUUCUUUUUUUACUGAUGCCUACAUGUGAAUAAAAUAACUGUAUUUAUUUUGGGUGAAAUAAAAAAUGUAAAAUGUUUAAAGUUAAACAAAAGUCUUUGGAAUGACAUGAAGAGAUAUGAGACAUAUAAUGAAAUAAAUUUUAGUUUGGAAAGGUAGUUGAAUGCGUUUAUAUAAACAUGUUAUAAAUGGUGUCAACUUAGUAUGGAACAGUUUGUUUUCCUGUUUUGAACUUUUCUUACAAACUCUGGUUUACUUUAAGUGAAUGUUUUCCUCAAAGAGCUUAAUAUUACCUUGAAGAGUGCAAAAAUGCCUUUAGAAGAGAUUUCUCACUAAAAAAAAGGAAAAUAUACUGACAAUUUACUUACUUUCAAGUGGGUUAAAAGUGUUACUUUUUCUGUUGGACACAAAAGAAGAUACUUCAAAGAAUGUUGGAAGCUGGUAGUCAUUUCUUGUGUGUUAACAAAAAAGAGAGAAACUCAGAUUUGGCUGAGAAAAUGAUGUCAGAAUAUUUGUUUUUGGGUGAACUGCCCCUUUAAGAAACUCAAACUAGUUAUGCUGUAAAAGUUUGACCAGAUGAGGACCAAUAAUAAAAGUCAUUAUCAUGCUUU